AUGAAAUACGUCCAACUCGGCAGUACUGGCCUCCGCGUCUCUCCAAUUGCCGUGGGAUGCAUGAGCUUUGGCAACCCUAAGGGUCGUUUUCCGUGGGCAAUCCCAGAAGAAGACGCACUGCCCAUCCUCGACCAUUGCUAUCAGUCCGGCAUCAACUUCUUUGAUACCGCCAACGCAUACUCCAAUGGCCAGUCCGAGGAAAUUCUCGGCAAGGCAAUCAAGAAGUACAAAUGGCGCCGGGAAAAUAUUGUCAUUGCCACCAAACUCUGGGCUCCCGUGGGCAGGGGGUUAGAAGACCCGCUGGCCAUGAGCGAAGACGAAAGGGACCAGAAUGGCUACAUAAACCAGUACGGACUGAGCCGGAAACAUAUCUUUGACAGCAUCGAUGCAAGCCUAGAGAGGCUGGGUCUUCCUUAUGUCGACCUGCUUCAAAUCCACCGCUUUGACCCGAACACGUCUGCAAAGGAGACCAUGGAGGCAUUGCAUGACGUUGUGAAGUCGGGCAAAGUUCGCUACAUCGGUGCCUCAUCCAUGCGGGCUCAUCAGCUGCUUGAAUACCAGUAUACGGCGCGAAUGAAUGGGUGGACGGAGUUCAUCUCUAUGCAGAAUCUUCAUAAUGCCGUCUACCGGGAGGAAGAGAGGGAAAUGUAUCCUGCGUGCCAGAAGUUUGGCAUGGCCGGUAUCCCCUGGAGCCCUGUCUCUAUGGGAUUUUUGACUCGGCCUUGGAAAUCUUUCUUAACUACCACACGCGGCAAUACUCAAGGGUUGACAUUUCUAGGACGCCCAUACACGGAGGUAGACAAGGCUAUCAAUGAGAAAAUUGAGGAUAUUGCUAAAAAGCACGGCGUGUCCAUGGCAGUCAUUGCUAUUGCUUGGUCUCUAUCGAAGCCUUUCAUCACAGCACCUAUUCUGGGGAUGAGUAAGAAGGAGAGAGUCGAUGAGGCGAUCCAGGCGACUGAAUUCAAGCUGAGCGCAGAGGAAGUGAAAAGCAUUGAUGACUUUACAAACACACAAUCCCGACCCCGCCGUCCAGAUCUAUCAACAUUCUUCGCAACUCUGUCCGAGAUAACUCCCAACCCGUCCGAGACGCGCACGAGGGAACAUGCCGUGCCUGUACCAGGCGAUGUCAGCGCUGCCUUCCGUUCGCUCGCCGAAGCCUUUGAUUUCAUGAGACGAGAACACGAUAUUGGCAGCGGUGGUGAUACUGGCGAGCACCAGCAUCCUGACGCCGCUCUGAUUGACCAGAUGAUAGAGACUUUGCUCCAAGGAGCGGAUAUGCCGCCGAGGGAGGUUGAAGGCGUAGACGAGGAGUUUUGUGACACCCUUGACCGCAUCCCGCGCGCAUCUUUGAACUCGUCCCAGUCGUGCCCCAUAUGCAGCAAUCCAUUUUUAGACGAUCCAUACCCUCUUGUUGUUCGCUUACCCUGCCACGCUACCCAUCUAUUCGAUCUUGAAUGCGUACGACCCUGGCUUCGUCUAAGGGGUACAUGUCCGUUGGACCGUACAGAUUUCGGCAAAAAGCAGCGCGAAAAGGAAGCUGAGCGAAGGAAAGAGGCGGAAAAACGCCGCGCGGCGCUGGAAGCGGACGAUGACGAGGAUUGGGAUGGCAUGGCUUUGGCUAUGUACAUCAGCAUUUAA